AUGGGUGUCGGUCGUCGCAUGCAGAAGCAGGGUCCGCCGCCAGCGCUGGACGAGUCGCUAGUCACUAGAAAGCGGAAGCUGGCUGCUCCCACGAAUGGCGCGAUCAAGAAGCAAAAGACUGCCGAAAUCAAGAAGCCCAUCGCAAAUGGCAAAGCCAAGAAGGCGGCUCCCAAGAAAGUCUCCAAAGCACCAGAGCCUGAACCUGAAGAUGAUGGACUCUCUGAUCUUAGCGGCGACGCUAUCGAUGACCCAGAUAUCAUGGAGGACGAGCUGGACGGGAUAGAAGAGGCAGAUCUCGACGAUGCAGACGAUGACGAGAUCGACGACGAUGCAGACGAUUUCGCGAAUGCGCUGUCAGGAUCUGAUGAAGAUGUCGUGGAUUCGGACGACGAAGGUGUGCGGCAUAAGAGGAUGUGGUCUGACGAUGAAGACUCGGAUGCGGAGGAAAAGCUCACGGCGGCCAACAUUGCUGGUCUGUCGAGGAAAUUGGACCAACAACGGGCACAAGAGGCAGCAGAGGCGGAAGAAGAACUGAAAGACGACGCACUACAAACCAACAUCGCGGCAGCCGAUAUACCGGACGAUGAAGAUGGGCAGAAGGCGAGCUUGCUGGCCCCCGAUUUGCAGCUGCUUAGGACGAGGAUAACAGAGACAGUGCGUGUCUUGACGAGUUUCAAAGACUUGGCAGAGCCUGGAAAGAGCAGGGCCGAAUACACCCAGGCCCUCCUGCGAGACAUUUGCACAUACUACGGCUACUCGCCCUUUCUGGCGGAAAAGCUCUUCUCGCUUUUCCCGCCCCAAGAAGCACUGGCUUUCUUCGAUGCCAACGAAACACCUCGACCAAUGGUCAUUCGCACAAACACCCUUCGCACACACAGACGAGAUCUGGCUCAUGCUCUCAUCAACCGCGGCGUGACUCUGGAACCCGUGGGCAAGUGGUCAAAAGUUGGUCUACAAAUUUUCGAAUCCCAAGUUCCGCUUGGUGCUACGCCAGAGUACUUGGCUGGACACUACAUCUUGCAGGCUGCGUCGUCUUUCCUCCCUGUCAUGGCCCUCGCGCCUCAAGAGCAUGAGAGGGUUCUUGACAUGGCAGCUGCUCCAGGUGGUAAAACGACACAUUUGGCUGCUCUCAUGCGAAACACUGGCUGUAUCUUCUCCAACGAUUCGAAUAAAGAUCGAGCCAAGGGUUUGAUCGGAAACAUACAUCGCUUGGGCGUCAAGAACACCAUUGUAUGCAACUACUCCGCACUCGAGUUUCCGCGUGUAAUGGGUGGAUUUGACCGCGUGCUUCUUGACGCUCCUUGUUCUGGAACCGGAGUCAUUGCCAAAGAUGCCAGCGUCAAGACGAACAAGACCGAAGCCGACUUCCUCCGCCUGCCCCAUCUUCAAAAGCAACUUCUGCUUGCCGCUGUCGAUUCUGUGGACCAUGCCAGCAAGACCGGCGGCUACAUUGUCUACAGUACAUGUUCCGUCACCGUCGAGGAGAAUGAGCAGGUCGUACAGUACGUUCUCAACAAGCGACCCAAUGUCAAGCUGGUCCCUACCGGUCUCGUCUUUGGCAAAGAAGGUUUCGUCAAGUACCAAGCGAAGCGCUUCCACCCGUCCAUGAAGGAAACCAGGCGCUACUAUCCACACGCUUACAACGUCGAUGGUUUCUUCGUCGCGAAAUUCAAGAAGACUGGACCAACACCGCCGAAUGCCGUCAAAGCUCAGGGCAGUGCAGAAGAGAAGAAGCAGCAUGCUAACGGCACCAAGGAAGAGCAAUACGUGGAUGAUGAUGUGGCUGAUGAGGUGGAUGCUGUCGACGGCGCUGAAGAAGAGGAGUUUGGUGGAUUCGAUGAGGAGGAGGACCAAAAGUACAUCGAGCGGAGUUUGAAGAAGCAGUUGAAGAAGAAAGGCAUCGAUCCUAAAGCGACCAAAGCAAAGGCUGUCAAGAGUCUUUCGAAGUAA